UCUACACCCCUGUGAAGAGUGGUGGCUGUCACACAAUAUAAAUCAUCCAGCGUGGAGGGCAUGAGCAAAGAGGAGGAACUCUCUGAGAACUGUGGAGUGGGGAGCGAAUGCUCUGCCCAGAGUGCUUUUCAUGGCCUGGUGUGGCUUGUGUCUGUCUUUGCAGGCACUCCAGCAAGCUGCUACAACAGCCCAAAGGAUUGUGAAAGAGGCUCACCGAGAGACUGAACAGCAGGAGGAGCCCAGGGGACAUCAGGUUUCGCCGGGAGACCUCGUCUGGGUCAAGCGGCACCAGCCCGGAGGACUCGAACCACUGUGGGAUGGUCCUUACACCGUAGUCCUCACCACCCCGUCAGCAGUUAAGGUAGCUGGUAAGAAGCACUGGAUUCACCUUACGCAAGUGAAGGAGGACCGGACCAUGGGGUGCUCUUCACGAUCCAGAGACCACCGUCGUGAGCCCAAGCCCAGAGGUGGAGCCGGUACCGGAACCAUCACCACUGAAAUGGCCUGUUCCCCAAGGACCUAUAAUGAGGGCGGACAUCUUCUCUUCGCUAGAGGCCUCUUUCCAGCUCCUGAACAACAGUUCUCCCAACCUGACAGCUGCCUGGGGAACUCGGACCAGGACGUCCAAAAUGUCUCCACGAACCAGGAGACACCAGGACUCUGUCCAUGGGGACACAGGAGGAGGGGGCUCACCCUUGGGGACAUCUCUGGCACAGGGCUAUGUGUAGCCUCAGCCAAUUACUCACUAGGUGACUCCCCCUACCAGGGCAAUUGCAGCCAAACCCCAAGAGGAGAGCUGGGGAGGGGGGGGUCCCCUGGUACCUGGUAGCCCCAAAUAGGACUUGGUGGGCAUGUACAACAGGAAUCACUUCGUGCAUUCUCUCCUUAACCAUGCAGGUGGGGGGGAGCCCAUCUCAGCUAGUGGAUACUAGCGACAAAUCCAGGGUCUGAAUUUGUCCUUAAAGACCAGUAGGGAGUGUUACAGUUAAGCCCCUCUUGUACUGGGGAAAUGGAACCAACUGUGGUCGAGGGUAGUUAGGGUACGGGGCAAGUUAAUAUUAGUAGUUGGGGCAAUGGGGAAAGUUGAUAUUAGUAGCUAGAGAAAUGGGGCAAGUUGAUAUUAGUAGCUAGAGCAACUGGGCAAGUUGAUUAAUGAAUACCUUGGUAACGGGGCAGUGUAUCCCAGGUAACUUUGUGUGUGUUUAGCCAACCGUUGUAUGGUUUUGGGGAAUAAAAGGCUGGCAUGGAACCAGGGUCGGCGCUGUGGUAGGAGAACAUGCCUACGGCAGCCACUGGCCAGCUUUUCAAUAAAUCCUCACUUGCUGCUUAAGACCUAAUUGGAGUUGGUGGUCUUACUCUCGCGAACAUUGGUCCA